AUGACUGAGCACGCGUCCACUCCAGCGGAGGGGGGAGCGGACGCCGCGCCAGGCGCGCAGUCGGAGGUGCUGGCGUUCGACGCGCCGAAGAGCAUUCCGGGGAUGAUGGAGGUGCGCCAGCUGCUGGCCGACGACCCCGUCGGCGGGUGGGACAAGGCGUGGCAGGCGAGCACGACACCGUGGGAUCUGGGCGGCGUGACGCCGGCUGUAGCGGCGCUCGUGGCGGCGGAAGAGGGGUCGCCGCUGCACCUGCCACCCUCCAUCCGCCGCGUGCUCGUCCCCGGCAGUGGCACCGGGUACGACGUGGAGGCGUUUGCAUCGAAUGGCAGGGAGGCGACGGGCCUUGACAUUGCUCCAUCUGCUGUGGCGCGUGCAGAGAAGCGGGUGGAGGGGGCGGGCAACAGGGCGGCGAUGGCGUUUGAGUGUGCUGAUUUCUUUGAGUACCGCCCACUACAACCCUACCAUGCCAUCUUUGACUACACGUUCUUCUGUGCGCUGCCGCCAUCACUGAGGGGCAAGUGGGCCGCCAAGACAGCGGAGCUGCUCGCACCACACGGGGUGCUCUUCACUCUCAUGUUCCCCAUCGAUGGACACGAGGGCGGCCCACCCUAUGCCGUCUCCAAGGACAGCUAUGCGGAGGUGCUGCAGCCGCUGGGCUUCACGGCAGAGGAUCUGCCCACCGCCAGUGUGCCGCCCAGACAGGUGCGCCCGGUGGGCUGCGUCUUCCAUCCAUCCACUUCCCCUUCACUUCUCCUACACUGCUUCCCCUUCACUGCUGCUUCCCCUUCACUGCUGAUUCCCCUUCACUGCUGCUUCCCCUUCACUGCUGCUUCCCCUUCACUGCUGCUUCCCCUUCACUGCUGCUUCCCCUUCACUGCUGCUUCCCCUUCACUGCUGCUUCCCCUUCACUGCUGCUUCCCCUUCACUGCUGCAUCCCCUUCACUGCUGCUUCCCCUUCACUGCUGCAUCCCCUUCACUGCUGCUUCCCCUUCACUGCUGCUUCCCCUUCACUGCUGUUUCCCCUUCACUGCUGCAUCCCCUUCACUGCUGCUUCCCCUUCACUGCUGCUUCCCCUUCACUGCUGCUUCCCCUUCACUGCUGCAUCCCCUUCACUGCUGCUUCCCCUUCACUGCUGCUUCCCCUUCACUGCUGCUUCCCCUUCACUGCUGCUUCCCCUUCACUGCUGCUUCCUCUUCACUGCUUCCCCCCGCGGCUGCUUCUGCUGCUCCCCUUAACUGCACCAGGCGGCUGCUUCUCCGCUUCAAGGAGGCGGCUGCUUCUCUCCUUCUCCACUUGCCUGCACCAGGAGGCGGCUGCUUCUCUCCCCCUCCCCUUCAGGGUUUAGGGAUUCCUCUCUCCUUGUCUGCACCAGGAGGCGGCUUCUCCCUUCAGGCAUCCGUUUCCGCAGCAACCGCUUCCGCAGCCGCCACCUCCGUCUACUCCUUGCAGCCUCCGCAGCCCAUGCUCUCCUCUCAACCAGGCCGCCUCUCCCCUUGUCUGCACCAGGCUGAAUCAGCCCUUCAGGGUUCAGGGGUUAAUCUCCUCUCCUCUCAACCAGGCCGCCUCUCCCCUUGUCUGCACCAGGCUGAAUCAGCCCUUCAGGGUUCAGGGGUUAAUCUCCUCUCCUCUCAACCAGGCCGCCUCUCCCCUUGUCUGCACCAGGCUGAAUCAGCCCUUCAGGGUUCAGGGGCUGAAUCAGCCCUUCAGGGUUCAGGGGUUAAUCUCCUCUCCUCUCAACCAGGCCGCCUCUCCCCUUGUCUGCACCAGGCUGAAUCAGCCCUUCAGGGUUCAGGGGUUAACCUCCUCUCCUCUCAACCAGGCCGCCUCUCCCCUUGUCUGCACCAGGCUGAAUCAGCCCUUCAGGGUUCAGGGGUUAAUCUCCUCUCCUCUCAACCAGGCCGCCUCUCCCCUUGUCUGCACCAGGCUGAAUCAGCCCUUCAGGGUUCAGGGGUUAACCUCCUCUCCUCUCAACCAGGCCGCCUCUCCCCUUGUCUGCACCAGGCUGAAUCAGCCCUUCAGGGUUCAGGGGUUAAUCUCCUCUCCUCUCAACCAGGCCGCCUCUCCCCUUGUCUGCACCAGGCUGAAUCAGCCCUUCAGGGUUCAGGGGUUAACCUCCUCUCCUCUCAACCAGGCCGCCUCUCCCCUUGUCUGCACCAGGCUGAAUCAGCCCUUCAGGGUUCAGGGGUUAAUCUCCUCUCCUCUCAACCAGGCCGCCUCUCCCCUUGUCUGCACCAGGCUGAAUCAGCCCUUCAGGGUUCAGGGGUUAAUCUCCUCUCCUCUCAACCAGGCCGCCUCUCCCCUUGUCUGCACCAGGCUGAAUCAGCCCUUCAGGGUUCAGGGGUUAACCUCCUCUCCUCUCAACCAGGCCGCCUCUCCCCUUGUCUGCACCAGGCUGAAUCAGCCCUUCAGGGUUCAGGGGUUAAUCUCCUCUCCUCUCAACCAGGCCGCCUCUCCCCUUGUCUGCACCAGGCUGAAUCAGCCCUUCAGGGUUCAGGGGUUAAUCUCCUCUCCUCUCAACCAGGCCGCCUCUCCCCUUGUCUGCACCAGGCUGAAUCAGCCCUUCAGGGUUCAGGGGUUAAUCUCCUCUCCUCUCAACCAGGCCGCCUCUCCCCUUGUCUGCACCAGGCUGAAUCAGCCCUUCAGGGUUCAGGGGUUAAUCUCCUCUCCUCUCAACCAGGCCGCCUCUCCCCUUGUCUGCACCAGGCUGAAUCAGCCCUUCAGGGUUCAGGGGUUAAUCUCCUCUCCUCUCAACCAGGCCGCCUCUACACCAGGCUGAAUCAGCCCUUCAGGGUUCAGGGGUUAACCUCCUCUCCUCUCAACCAGGCCGCCUCUCCCCUUGUCUGCACCAGGCUGAAUCAGCCCUUCAGGGUUCAGGGGUUAAUCUCCUCUCCUCUCAACCAGGCCGCCUCUCCCCUUGUCUGCACCAGGCUGAAUCAGCCCUUCAGGGUUCAGGGGUUAAUCUCCUCUCCUCUCAACCAGGCCGCCUCUCCCCUUGUCUGCACCAGGCUGAAUCAGCCCUUCAGGGUUCAGGGGUUAAUCUCCUCUCCUCUCAACCAGGCCGCCUCUCCCCUUGUCUGCACCAGGCUGAAUCAACCCUUCAGGGUUCAGGGGUUAAUCUCCUCUCCUCUCCACCAGGCCGCCUCUCCCCUUGUCUGCACCAGGCUGAAUCAACCCUUCAGGGUUCAGGGGUUAAUCUCCUCUCUUCUCCACCAGGCCGCCGCUCUGUAA